AUGGAUAUUAACUGGACGCCGGUGAUUGCAGCCACAGUUUGCGGUACAGGUGCAUUAUAUCUCUUCUUGAAAUGGAGAAAUUACCAGAAGAUUCAGAAGAAAAUACUAAACGCACGGAAAAGACGAGAUACAUCUCUUCUACAGGCUGAACAAGCGGUGCAACAAUUUAAAAUACGGUCAAAGUCUCUGGAGGUGAACAAGAAUCUGAACUGCAGCACUGAGAUCUUAAUGGAGUCUGUGGCGCAGCUGGAAGACAUCAAAUCUCAAAAGAAAGGUCUUCUGUACGGAGUGCCCAUCAGCAUCAAGGACAACGUCGCAUAUGAGGGUCAUGACACUUCCUGUGGUGUGGUGAGUAAGUUGGAUCAGCCUGCGCUCGUGGACAGUGUGGUGGUUACAGUGCUGAAGAAGCAGGGCGCGAUCCCGUUCAUCAAGACCAACAUACCACAAGGUCUUCUCAAUUAUGACUGCAGUAACCCCAUUUAUGGGGAAACCUUGAACCCCUGCGACCUUCAGAAGUCCCCUGGUGGUUCAUCCGGAGGGGAGGGAGCUCUGAUUGCAGGAGGCGGCUCCUUUCUAGGCAUAGGCACUGACGUUGCUGGGAGCAUUCGUAUCCCAGCAUCCUUCUGUGGGAUUUGUGGAUUUAAGCCCACAGAAAGGAGGAUAAGUGUUCGUGGAAUCAGUUCUUGCGUCAAAGGCCAGAAAUCAGUGUCGUCCUCUCUUGGCCCUUUGGCAAGGGACGUCGAGAGCUUGGCACUGUGUAUGCGGGCACUGCUCUGCCAGGACAUGUUCUCCUUAGACCCCACCGUCCCUCCCAUACCGUUCAACCAAGAGGUGUAUGAGAGCUCCGAGCCCCUGAGGAUUGGUUACCAUGAGAACGACGGGUAUCUGCAGCCGUCUCCGAGCAUGGCCAGGGCCUUCAGGGAGACUAAGGACCUGCUGGAGAAAGCGGGGCACACGCUGGUUCCAUUGCAACCCCUGCGGCUCUACCAUGUCUUCCAUGAGUUGGCUUUCAGAGGGAUCAUGGGUGACAGAGGUCAUACCCUCAUCAGUCAUCUGAAGCCAGGCCCCGUUGACCCGUGUCUCCGCGAUCAGUACAUCGUGUUGAGCACUCCAGGCUUCAUAAAGAGACUAAUUUCUGUUGUUCUCAAGCCUUUUUGUCCACGGAUUUCUGCAAGCAUAGAUGCAACUCUUGGAAUUGGGUCUGUGGCAGAAUUGUGGAGACAACAUGUAAAUAUUGAGGAGUACAUUCAGGAGGUGAUAGCAGAGUGGAGGAGACUGAAUGUGGAUGUUUUGUUGUGCCCCAUGCUUGGACCAGCCUACAAUUUCAAUUACUGCGGGAGACUCACCAGUGCUCUCAGUUACACCAGUCUAUACAACCUGCUGAACUUCCCUGCCGGGGUGGUGACCGUGUCUACAGUGACGGAGGAGGACGAGGCACAGCUCAGUCAGUACACGGGUGCCCAUGGGGACAUGUGGGACAAACUCUUCGUUAAGGCGGUGAAGGGUGGCGUUGGUCUCCCUGUGGCAGUGCAGUGUGUGUCUCUGCCGUGGCAGGAUGAAAUGUGUCUGCGCUUUAUGAGAGAGGUGGAACAGCUCACAGCCAAGAGCAAACUCACCAGGAAACAUUAAUGAUUGAAAUUCUGCUGUGUAUGUUUGUGGGCUGCUAACGGUUCAGUCCCAGGUGAGCCAUGAGCAGGCCUACACUGAAUCUGCGGCCGCAGAAACCUCUACAGAUUCUAUCCUACAAGUUCUAGGUAACUCACAAAUCCUAUAUGUUGUUCAUCAAAAACUUUAACUGACCUUGAUUAUGUUUUCAGUUAAGAACAAGUUCUGCUGUGUGUUAAGGUUUUGGAAGAAAGAAUGGUACUGUAACGUUCAUUAACUGUAUUUUUUUUUUAAUUUUCUGAAAUUACUACAAGUAAGCCGUUUAUAUCUGUUUGUCAACCAGUGGAAGACAGGAAGAA